UACGUUUAAUACUCAUUUUACGUUGCCUUUUUUUGCCUAGUAUAUGUUGCAAUUUUCUGCUAAAUUUGUUAAAUACCAGGGUUUAUGUAAUUGGAGCUUUAGCUCGAUUCCUUUUCCCAAUUUCUGGCAGCAUUUUCCUAACUAAAAAUUAAAUCAACACUUAUUUGCCUACAAAGAUAACUAUUUAACCAUAGUUCUUAGAAAAGUGAAGCACAUUAUCAGAUUAUCACUAUUGGGUUUUUCUUGGAUAAGUUUCUUGGGAAGAAGACAUUUCUUAAUUUUUGAUGGAUUGGUUUUGGGGGUCAUCCUAGUCUUCAUUCUUGAGAACUCAAUUUACCAUUUCUAAAUUUCACUGCUUACAUUGGGCAAAAUCUCAAGUUGGGCGUGCAACUGUCCGUCCCUUCCCCUAGACUUGUACAACCCAAAUUGGCUGGGGAGGAGAUCGUUCUUAUAUAUGGAUUGAUGGCAUGGGGUCUUGAAAUUUUUUAAUUUUCACGUUUAAAUUUCAUAAGGUCAAUUGUUUUAGUUUGUAUCUAUGGCCCAAAGGUGAAGUCGGGUCUCUAUCCCCUCCCUAGCUUUCUUAAUAUUGGUAAAUGGCACGGGAGUACAUCCCGGUAUUGAUUUGUGAUGAAUUAACAAGUAUAACAAAUCUUAAGCUAGUUGGGGUAAUGAAUUGUAUUAUCCAUUUGCACAUUUUUCAUUCCAAUGUUCAAUAACUUGGGAAUCUCUAAUACUAAAAUUCUCAAUUUUUUUCUGCCGACAUACAAAUUAAAAAAAAAAGGUCCCUUUUUAGCACAGGAUCAUAUGUAAUUGUACCAACAUGACUACGCCUUAAUUCCAACUAGUUGAUAUUGCCUUUUAAAUUUAUAGGCCAAGUUGUUCAUUUUACAUAUAUGGUCCAAAGAUGUGAGGUAGGGACUCUUGUCUCCCUGCCCAUCCCAGCACAAUGUGGGGUUCUGUGGAGGUGAGAGGAACCUAAAUGUGUGAGGUGUUUGUGGAGAAUUGAAUAAUGAUUUUUGAAUGCAAGAGGCAACUCAAUGUGAAGCAUGAAAUCAGAAAAAAAUGCAUUAAGUGGGAAUUCACCGUUGUUCCUCUAGGUAAAUAACUCAACUUUCAUUCUAGUGCACCAUUAAGCCUUUUUGUAGCAUGGGUGCCAACAUCUAAUAGUAGAUCAAUUCUAGAAAAUAUGUACAUAAAAUAUCUGAUUUUGUGGAAAGACCAUGGGUUCACUUACUUAUGCUAAAUGUUUCUGGUUGAAACUGGGAUAGAUGAAAUUUUAGUAGAAUUUUUGGUUGAAUAUUUUUUUGUUGUUCGGUUGAUUUGCAUCUUGGCCUGCCUUCUAUUUGUAUUUAGGAGCUCCAAUUUUCUAUGCAACGUUAGGAAAUACGUGUAUCAUGUGAGUUCCAACUUGAUGGGGUUGUAGAUUAGCUUAUUUAUUACUAGUAUUCUAGAUUUGGGUUUACUAAUCAAGCAUCACAAUCUACUUAGAGUAGAAUGCUGAUGCUGUUUUAUACUCCCUCCGUCCCAAAAAGAUUGUCUUCCUUUAUUUCUUAAACUCCGUGCCAAGUCAAACUAAGACAAUCUUUUUGGGACAAAGGGAGUAACAUUUUUCAUUGAGUUUAUGAUAUAGAGAGGCAAAGAUGAAAAUUGUCAAUACGGAAGAUGAAGGUUACCUGGCAUCUUAGUGUAAAAAGUUAAGUGUGAUGGGGGAUGGAUUUGGAAGGGGAAGUUGUGCAUCUUUGUUUGAGUGGUUAGCACUGCAUGACAAGUCAUUCAUGUGUAUCAAACAUGUUCAGAAGAGUGAUGUUGGCAUGAUCUGAAUGAAUGAGGUUUGUAGCAUGUUACUGUUUCGUAAUUAUACUUCAGAAACCAAUUUAUUGGCCAAAAGAUGCAAUUGCCCAGGGAGAAGAUAUUUCUUAAUUUGUUGAUAGAUGGGUUUGGGGGUCAUCCUGGUUUUCAUUCUUGAGAAGUCAAUUUUCCAUUUUUAGAUUUCAUAGAUAUAGUUGUUCUGUUUACAUUUAUGGUCCAAAUUUCAAGUUCGUUGUCCAACGGUCCUUGCCCUCCCUUAGACUUCUACCGCCAAAUUGCUGGGGAGGAGAUCGUUCUUAUUUAUGGAUAUAUGGCAUGGGGUCUUGAGAAUUUAAUUUUCCCCUUUAAAUUUGAUAGAGAGAGUUGUUUUAAUUUGUAUCUAUUGCCCAAAGGUGAAGUCUGGUCUCUGUCCCCUCCCUAGCUUUCUUAAUUUUUGUAGAUGGCAUGGGGAUGGAGGUACAUCCUGGUAUUGGUUUGUGAUGAAUUAACAAGUAUACCUCAAUCUUAAGCUAGCACUCCGUUUAUACCCAUUUCAUUCCAAUGUUCAAUAACUUGGCAUUCUCUAUACUAAAUUCUCUAUUUUUUCUACCGACAUACAAAUAUGUAAAAAGAUUCCUUCCAAGCACAGGAUCUUUUGUAAUUGUACCAACAUGGCUAAGCUUUAAUUCCAACUAGUUGGUAUUGCCCUUUUAAAUUCAUAGGGCAAGUUCAUUUUACAUCUAUGGUGCAAAAGUUAGGUAGUAAAUCUUGUCUCCCCGUCCAUCCCAGCCCACUGUGGGUUUCUGUGGAAGUGAGAGGAACCUAGAUGUGCAGACCUUUGUGGAGAAUUGAAUAAUCCAAGAGGCAACUCAAUGUGAAGCAUGAAAUCAGUGCUUUAAAACGUGAACUUGGUUGCCAUGGGCACUUCUCCUCCCGAGGACAGGAUGCAUGGGAAAGAUGCCUUUGCUUUUGGGAAGACCCUAAGACACUUUGGAUCAGUGAAAAUUGGAGAAUGAAAUGGUAAGGAGAGUAGGAGGGGCUUUUCUUUUGGGAUGAGUUGAGAGGGAGGAGAAACAAAGGAGGGGGAGAUGUUGGUGGUCUCUUCACUGUCUGACAUGCCUAAACAAAACGAGUUAUGUUGAAUUCUGAAGUUCACAUGAAAUUUAUCUUCCUUCCCGUGGUGUCGAUGCAGGAAAGAGUGUAAUUGGAUUUAUGCUUAGCUAUGUUGCAGCGAACUGAAAGAAAUAUUACUUAAGUUGGAGAAACGACAACAACAACAUACCCAGUGUAAUUCCGUGUAAUUCCACAAGUGGUGUCUGGGGAAUUACUUAAGUUGGAGUAUCUGACCUAAAACUUUCUUUCUGAAUGCAGGUCUUUGCGGCUGCAAUAUUCUAGACACCAAAGUCCAAAAGUUCUAUUUUGCUUGUGGAUUGCUGCUGCAUUAGUUACCAGGUCCUUUUGUUCUGCAUGGAUCCAAGUAAUUCUUUGGAUGAUAAGUCUGAAAGCAGACUUUAUGUUGGAAACCUUGAUCUUAGAAUAUCAGAGGCUACUUUGAUUAAGAUGUUUUCUUCCUUUGGGAAGAUUGUAGCUGAAGACUUCCUAUGGCACACUCGUGGCCCUAAGCGUGGGGAGCCACGUGGUUAUGCUUUUGUCCAGUUUAGCACUAAAGAGGAAGCUGUAUUGGCCAAGGAGAAGAUGCAUGGAAGAUUGGUCUGUGGUCGACCUUUGGUUGUUAGGCUUGCCAGUGAGAAAUAUUUGAUGGAAGGGGCUGAAAGUUAUUCUUUCGCAGCUGGUGGGGAGACGAGCAAAUCAAACUUUGUUGCUGGCUCCUCGGCUCAAAUGAGCAAGAGUGCCAAAAUAGCUGCAAUUAAGAACAAAUUGAAGGCCAUGGAAGAAGGGAGCCAGAACUCAAAGAGACAAAAAAAUGGCUGACAAGUUGUCAGAUGGUUGAUGUCAGAUGUCAAGCUUAGUUGAAGUUUUCUGGUCUGCAUCACCUAAACAGACUCGUACUCAUUUAUUUUGCCGUUCUCAGAGUUACGAUAUACAUUAUCUUUGUAUUAUGGGAAUGCCAAUAUUAUUAUUCAAAAACCUCUUUGCAUAUCAACUUUAUUUUCCUGGCAGUAACCAGACAAGUGACAAAUGCUAACUUACAGAUCUGUCGAUUCUCGUUACGCACUUGAAUUUGAAACUGCAAUUUGGACCAUACUUUAAUGGUUUUAAACAUAA